GCAUGAACCAGACCAGAGUAAGCUGUAGGGCAAGAGAAAUGAUAGUGGCACAGUACCCCGUGUACGAGAGUACACGCUGGGGUCCGGGGAAGUUAACAUCUUGAACUAUAUCUGUUAUGCAUUGUCGAAGUGAAUUGACAAUUUACGUGAGCUCUGUGGGUUACGUUUCUACAGAGAUGCACUGCAUGAUCGUUACUCCAGCAGCGUCCUGAAGAAGGUUUCAGAAGAACUUGACAGGGACAUUUGCAUUGAUGGACAUCUAGUGUGUGCCUGCAUCCCAGUGCCUCCAGAAAAGAUGAACUCUGAUGGGUCGGCUCUGCACUGGAUUGGACUGUGGCAAAGAUGUGCGUUGCCAUGGUGAUUAUUCACGCUAAAACACUGGAAAAGAAGGGAGUUGAUGAUGUAACAUCCAAAGAUUCAAACUUUGAGCUGUGUGAGCCAGUGACCAUGAGCCAGGGGGCAGCGAUCUUCUCCUGUGGAAUCAUGGAGUCAAGCAGGUGGUGUGAGAUGGGCAGGAGCUGUGGCAUCCAGCAGCGGCCCGUGGGCUCCAGCCUGGAGAGUCUCUGGGAUGCUCUGCCCGAGAGCUGCCAGGGUCUAACUGCCACCCCCUGGGGCACAGCGGGCACCAUCAGCAACCUCCUCCAGGACCUGAGUCUGAGCGAGAGCAGCCCCGCGCGCACCCCCUCUACUGCCCCGCCAAGCAAACGCCAGUGUCGCUCCCUGUCCUGCUCAGAUGAGCUGGGGGCCGGCUCCCGCUCUCCCUGGCGACCCCAAGGCUCGCGUGUCUGGACGGCAGUGGAGAAGCGCCGUUGUCAUAGCGGCGGCAGCGUGGUUCAGAGGGCCGGGCCUUCUGGCAUGCUCUCCGGGGCCUCAUCAAGCUUCCCCGGGAUGCAGCGCAGCUCCAGCUUCAGCCUGCCCACACGCUCCAACGGCCUGGAGCUGCCAUGUUUUAUCAGCAGCCCCUUUCCCUCCGCCUUCACGGGACUCCUGGCCUCGCCCACCUCCCCGUCCUCUUCCUCCUCCUCCCCCAUCAAGCCACCCUGCCCCCUCUACCUCUCUCAUGAGCAGAUCUGCCUCCCGGAGCCCCAGGGCCUCGCUGAGGCCUGCUCCUCAUCAGACUCCACCCCGGAGUUGGGCCGCCGCGGUGGGCAGGGUGGCCUGGCGCGCAGCCGCUCCCAGCCCUGCGUUCUGAACGACAAGAAGAUUGGAGUGAAGCGCCGCCGGCCAGCCGACACACAUAAGCAGAGGCCCUCUCUAGACCUGGCCAAGAUGACGCAGGUGAGUGUCUAGCUCAAUGCCCUCUUG